ACGCAUUUAUACCCAGUCAAAAAGGCUAGAGCGCACAGUGAAGCACUCUGGCUCAGCGCUUCUCGAGGGGAGGAAAUAAAACCACCUACAACUCAACAAUACAAACCUACCCCCCUUUUUUUCCUUCUUCUACGGACUUAAGCUACACACAAACUUUUGAAGCAACUUUUCAAAACUUUUCCACAACCAAAACCAGUCGUGGCACAAACUACCGCUCGUCGCAUUCAAGGAUCCUGGUCGGUCCUCCAUGAAAGAGGGAGUGCGGCAGCAAACUUGGGGAAACGAGAUGUCUGCGACCGUCUUGUCUGCUUUCUACGACAUGGACAUGCUUUACAAGCAAGAUAAAAGCAUGAACAUGAACGCCCUGCACAUCAACAGCAUGCUGGACAAGAAAGCGGUGGGGGCUCCGGUCACUUCUCCGGGCUCCGGCGGCUCCUUCACACCGGGAUUUUUCCGCAGAAACUCAACCAGCAACAUGGAGGCGAUGAACAACGGCAACAAAUACUCGAUGGGCUCCUACAGUAGUCUGAAGGAGAACACACCGAGCAGCAACAGCAGCGCCACAGCUCUCAUGAACAAGGAAAACAAGUUCCGCGACCGCGCUUACAGCGAGAACGGAGACCGGGGCGUGCUGCAGCAGAAGCCCGGCUCUCAAAUCAACUCCACCCGCUACAAGACCGAGCUGUGCCGGCCCUUCGAGGAGAACGGGUCGUGCAAGUACGGGGAGAAAUGUCAGUUCGCUCACGGCUACCACGAGUUGAGGAGCUUGUCCCGCCACCCUAAGUACAAAACGGAGCCGUGCCGCACCUUCCACACCAUCGGUUUCUGCCCGUACGGUCCCCGGUGUCACUUUAUCCACAACGCCGACGAGCGCCGGCCCGCUCCGGCCGCCAACGCUAAUGUGCAGGCAGGGGAGCCAAGGUCGGCUCGUGAGCUGUGCGGUUACGGCCAGAGGGAUGUCUUGCCCCCGCAGCAGCUCGGCUACACCCCGAGGGACAGACCAAAGCUUCACCACAGCCUCAGCUUCUCCGGCUUCUCCACCCACCACGGACUCGAGUCCCCCCUGCUUGACAGCCCCACGUCCCGGACCCCACCACCACCUACCACCGCCUCCUCCUGCACCUCCGCCUCCAGCUUCUACGAGGAGGUGCUGUCGCCCAACUCGGUGUCCUGCAUCAACAGUGCCUUCUCUUUCCCCGGACAGGACUUAAAAGCCUUACUGGCCCCACUAGCCGUGCACACCCCCGGCGGCUACGCCAACAACCACUCCACCGGUGCCUACUACGGGAACAUGCAGGGCAGCAUGUGCCCGCCCUCCCCUCCGACCUAUAACAUGAGCCACUUGCAGGCGCUGCGCCGCCUCAGCGAGUCGCCGGUGUUCGAGCCUCCUCCCAGUCCGCCAGACUCGCUCUCUGACCGGGAGAGCUAUGCGAGCGGGUCCCUCAGCUCUUCCGGGAGCCUCAGCGGCUCCGAGUCCCCGAGUCUGGACGCUGGAAGACGGUUGCCAAUCUUCAGCAGGCUGUCGAUUUCAGAUGACUAAUCAUGUUUUGUUUUCAAAUGGAUUAUGGAUGGGCCAGGGGGGGCUGGAGGAGUUAGAGGGUGUUAAGUGAGUGAGGUAGACUGUACUUCAAGCAGAGGAUCCCUGUUCAGCCCCCUCACCCCACAGCCCUUCACCCAAUUUCAGCAGCAUCCACCCUGCUGAAGUGCCUUUGAGCAGCAAGACAUUGAAUCCCUACCAGCUCCAGGGGUGCUGACCCUGCUCUGACCUCCCUGGAGGGGGGCAAGAGAAGAGAAUUUCACCCACAGGGAUCAAUAGAGCAUCACAGUUUAAAGUGUCCUUGACCUGGCAUUAGUUUAGUAUUUUUUUUCUUUGUAUGUAAUAUAGCUGUAUUAAAACUUAGAUAGCAAACAGAAGGCAUUCCAUCAGUGCCUUGCCCAAGGGCUCAUGGCAGCCCGUCUCCCUUUUGCUCUAUCAGGCAAGCCACACUUUUCCUGGGAUUAGAUGUGUAACAUGACUUGACAAGAAGAGACUGUAAGCGGUUUCAGAUUUCCUCCAUCCUGCCAAGAAUAUGCCUUGACUCAAAGUAACAUUUUGUUUUUCUUUAUCAAAGUGUGUUUAAAUAUAUAUAUAAAUAUAUAUAUUAUUUUUUUUCCUAUCUGAAAGCUUCAACUUCCAUUCCAGAUCUGUCUUCUCCCAGCGCCACCCAGUGGUUCGUUUGGUUAGUCUAGUUUGUUGCUUGGUUAAAAAGCACUCUUGAGUGGGGUUUGUUUGGGGAAAUCACUGCUGAUGGUUGAAUAUAUAUUUUUUUAGCUGUUUUUGAGUGAUUUACAUAGCAGUGCAUAACUGGCUAUGGACUAUUUAACUUAUUUAUUAUCUUGUGAAAAAAGUAUAGGCUACAUUGGUAAUUUGUGUCCAUACUGUAUUUAUCAAGUAUGAUGAAGCAAUAGAUCUAUAUUCUUUUAUGUUUAAAUUAUGAUCGCCAUUAUUAAUCUGCAUAAAGUGGAGUGUAUGUUCUUUUCACAGUAAUAUAUAUAUUUUGUUUUUUUUCUCCUUUUUUUUGUAACUUCACUUGGUUAUUUUUAUUGUAAAUGAGUAAAA